AUGGCCGACAACGAUGCACUGCGCAAUAUGCUCGAGCAGCUCCACACGACCACUCAGUCGACAGGUCGACAGCUCAAAGUCGUCCGGGGAACGAUCCAGUCUCUCGAAAAAGAGACCAAGCUCGUCUCCCUCACUCAACGCGAGCUAGCGACUAUACCUUUGAGCGACGAGGGCACGCGUUACUACAAGGGAGUGGGCAAGAUGUUCAUGCAGGAGCCGCGCAAAGCAAUCGACCAGAAUCUAGCGACCAGAUCGAAAGAGGCCGAGUCAGAGACGGCUGCCUUGCGAAAGCGACAAGCUUACCUCGAUAGAGAGCUCCAGCAAGCCCAGAGGAGUCUGCAAGAGAUCUACAAUGCGCAGAGCAAUGACCAAUGA